CUAUCCUUCAUGUGCAUCUGUAUGCAUUGCCUCAGCAGCCACCUUGGAGCUGAAUGUGACAAAGCAAGAAGAUGGCCAAGAUUAGCACCCAAUACUCCCGCCCUUCCAGGACUCACCACCUCCCAGUAAGGACCACGGACAGAGAUCUCGAUAGCAUUGAGAACGGCCUCAGCAGGACCCACUUGCCGUGUGAGGAGACACCGUCAGAACUGCAAGAAGGCAUUGCCCUGGAGACCAGGGGACUGGCUGAGUCCAAGCGAAGCUCCUUCACUAGCCAGGGGCCCGUCGGUGACUGGCCCCUGGCCAGAAGCAGCACCAAUGCCUGCAACAACGCAGAGAAGGAUGACAAGGCGAAAAAGUAGAAAGAAAAACAGGAAGAGAAAAAGGAAAACCCAGAAACGGAGGAAAAGAAGAAGGACACCAUCGUGGUGGACCCCUCCAGCAACAUGUACUAUCACUGGCUGACCACGAUUGCCAUGCCCGUCUUCUGCAACUGGUGUCUGCUCGUUUGCAGGGCCUGUUUUGAUGAGCUUCAGUCUGAGCACCUGAUGCUUUGGCUGGUCCUGGACUACUCAGCCGACUUCCUCUACGGCUUCGAUGUGCUAGUCCGAGCCCGGACAGGCUUCCUGGAGCAGGGCUUGAUGGUCACAGAUGCCAACCGGCUGUGGAAGCACUACACAAAGACCUUGCACUUCAAGCUGGACAUGCUGUCCCUGGUCCCCACGGACCUGGCUUAUUUUAAGCUGGGCAUGAACUACCCAGAACUGAGGUUCAACCGCCUGCUGAAGUUGGCCCGGCUCUUCGAAUUCUUUGACCGCACGGAGGCGAGGACCAGCUACCCCAACAUGUUCAGGAUUGGGAGCUUGGUCUUGUACAUCCUCCUCACCAUCCACUGGAAUGCCCGCAUCUACUUUGCCAUUUCCAAGUUCAUUGGUUUCGGGACCGACUCUUGGGUCUACCCAAACAUCUCAAACCCAGAGUUUGGGCGCCUCUCCAGGAAGUACAUUUACAGUCUCUACUGGUCUACCUUGACCCUGACCACCAUCGGUGAGACCCCACCCCCCGUGAAAGAUGAGGAGUAUCUUUUUGUGGUCCUCGACUUCCUGGUGGGUGUCCUGAUUUUUGCCACCAUUGUGGGCAACGUGGGCUCCGUGAUCUCGCGCAUGAACGCUCCGCGGGCUGAGUUCCAGGCCAAGAGUGACGCCGUCAAGCAGUACAUGCAAUUCCACAAAGUGACCAAGGACUUGGAGACACGGGUGAUCCGGUGGUUCGACUACCUGUGGGCCAACAAGAAGACGGUGGAUGAGAAGGAGGUACUCAAGCGCCUCCCCGACAAGCUGAGGGCCGAGAUCGCCAUCAGUGUGCGCCUGGACACUCUGAGGAAGGUCCACAUCUUCCAGGACUGCGAGGCGGGGCUGCUGGUGGAGCUGGGGCUGAAGCUGCGGCCUGCGGUGUUCAGCCCCGGGGAUUAUAUCUGCAAGAAGGGGGACGUAGGGAGGGAGAUGUAUAUCCUCAAGGAGGGCAAGCUGGCUGUGGUGGCCGAGGAUGGAAUCACCCAGUUCGUGGUCCUCAGCGAUGGGAGUUACUUUGGGGAGAUCAGCAUCCUGGACAUCAAGGGGAGCAAGUCGGGGAACCGCAGGACGGCCAGCAUCAGGAGCAUCGGUUACUCGGACCUGUUCUGCCUCUCCAAGGACGAUCUGACGGAGGCGCUCGCUGAACACCCUGAGGCCAAGAGGGCGCUGGAGGAGAAGGGGCGGCAGAUCCUGAGGAAGGACAACCUGAUCGACGAGGAGCUGGCCAAGGCCGGGGCGGACCCCCAGGGCAUCCGGGAGAAAGUGGAGCACCUGGAGUCCUCCCUGGACACCCUGCAGGCCAGGUUUGCACGGCUCCUGGCUGAGUACAGUGCCACCCAGAUGAAAGUGAAACAGCGGCUCAGCCAACUGGAAAACCAGGUAAAGAUGGGCCUCCCGCCUGACGGGGACGCUCCACAAACAGAGGCCAAACAAUAG